AUGACUGAGUUGAAAUUACACGACCGAGAGUUGGUUGCUCUGAUUGCUCCUAUUGCACGCUUGAUCAAUGUUUCAAACUCGGAUCAUGUGAUGGGACCUAAACCUAAUGGGAGCCUUAGGAGAAGGGAAGAAUACAUUGGUGGUGGCGCGGCGCAAUGGCCUAUGAUGGAGGAGUGGGGGUUAGGUGCGGGCUCGAUUGGUGGUAUUGUGAAUUGCAGUGGCGGCGCGGUGUUGGCGAAAGUGACUCUUGAGUGGCGCAAUGGUUGGGCCACAGAGAAGAUGGCAAAUGAGGUGAGGGUAGUGGGAAGAAACUGGCUCCAAUGGGGAGAAAAGGUGGAUAAGGUGGUAAAGGCGGAGAUUAAGGUUGUGGUUGGGCUACGACGGCUAUCGGUGGUACGGUGGUGGCCGUCGGUGGUAUGGUGGGUUUAUUGUGAUGGCCGCCGAUGA